AUGCAAACGAACGUCUGCAGAUAUGGCAAUUUUAUUUGUGGAAAUCGGCUACGACGGGAGAAGCCAGAAAAACGGUUGGAUCCAUUCGUGCCGACGAAACCGCCUGGCGAAAAGAAGGAGCACGUAUCAGAAGAAGUGGAAGAACCAGUCACGGUGCCGACGAAGCCGCAUAGCGAAAAGGAGGAACAGGUAACAGAAGAAAUGAAAGAAACAGUCAAAGAGGAAUCCACAACUAGCGUUAAAGUGACCACAAAGCCAACUACUCUCAUGUCUACAAAAACUACCGCUGCUUCAGGUAAACUCCAUGUGAGUGCAAUCGGAUUAAGCCUGACAGUCCUGCAUACAGCGAGUCUAGCGCUCAAGUGGUAAUUGUACGGAUUAAGGUCAAGCGAACAAUUGUUGCGCCAG